UCAAUUAAAUAUUCCUCAUAUAAAAAAUUAAGUAAAAAAUAUCACAAGCGAAGCCGAUUGCCGUGUAUAGGUUUUAUAAGCGAGCCCUAAAAUAAUUGGAUAAUACAUUCCGAUAAGAGUCGGAACCGCGAAAAUUUAAUACGAGGUUCCACCGGCCACAUCGUCAGUAACUUGCUUGAUCUUCUUGCUUUAACUUCGUGAUCUCCUACAAAUUAUCUUCAACAUGUCCCUCGACGCGCAAUUCAACUCAGUCGCCGAAUCCGUAAGGAACUGGAAGACCAAGCCCUCCGACAACGAGAACCUGGCCCUGUACUCCCUGUACAAGCAAGCCACCAUUGGUGACGUCAACAUUGCCUCACCCAGCGUAACUGAUGUCGUGAGCAGCGCCAAGUUCAAGGCAUGGACUGGCCGCAAGGGAAUGUCCCAGGACGACGCCAAGAAGCAAUACAUCGACAUGGCUAACCAGCUCCAAUCCAAAUACGCUUAAAUAUAAGACUAUACUAAUUAUUUAAUUAUGAUUAAGAACUUUUGGCAAUCUGUUACUGAAUAAAUUUAAUUUUUUAAUCGUG